AUGAAGAAGGAGAAGAUGAAGAGGGAAGAGGAGCAGGUGGCGACAGUUGAGGAGACAACGACGGAGAAGAAGAAGCAGAAGAAGAUGAAGAGGGAAGAGGAGCAGGUGGCGACAGUUGAGGAGACAAUGACGGGGAAGAAAAAGCAGAAGAAGAUGAAGAAGGAGAAGAAGAGGGAAGAGGAGCAGGUGGUGACAGAUGAGGAGACAAUGACGGAGAAGAAGAAGCAGAAGAAGAUGAAGAAGGAGAAGAUGAAGAGGGAAGAGGAGCAGGUGGCGACAGUUGAGGAGACAACGACGGAGAAGAAGAAGCAGAAGAAGAUGAAGAGGGAAGAGGAGCAGGUGGCGACAGUUGAGGAGACAAUGACGGAGAAGAAGAAGCAGAAGAAGAUGAAGAAGGAGAAGAUGAAGAGGGAAGAGGAGCAGGUGGCGACAAUUGCGGAGACAAUGACGGAGAAGAAGAAGAAGAUGGAGAAGGAGACGACGAAGAUGGCAAAGGAUACGAUAGCGAUGAGCUCUACGGUGUUUAGGACUCUGCAGGGCUCGAAGAGUUAUGCAAGUGACGAGCAGAAGACUGUGUUGCAGCAUGUGAAGCGCCAAAGAGUUGCCGUGAAAAAGGUGCAGCAGGUGCAGACCCCACGGUGGCAUGCCGUGCAAACGGAUGAGGCACGAGAUGAUGACAAUGGAGUGGACGUGCUGGAACAAGCACUAGGGAGUGUGAAGUCGAUCGUGAUGAAGAAGCUGGAUAAGGCGUUGCGCACAAAGCACAAAGCAGUGGUGGUCGAUAAAGCAAGUGCUGUUUCGAAGGUAGAGGUAGUGAAGGAAUGCGGAGAAGCUGCUGGAAAGACAGAUGCUUUAGCUGGAGACAAGACGUCCUGCAAUAUACCGUCGACACGCUUGACUAGGGAACAGAAGAAACAAAUGCGGAAGAAGGAGAAGAAGAAGCUCGCGCUUUUGUCGGCGGAACAAGCUAGCUGA